CGAUUUAAACGCCCUAAAACUUUUAUUACAAUUAAAUAAAUUCCUAAUCAUAAUAUUUUUUAUUCUUUUUAAUGCCGUUUACAACUUUAAAUUCGAAAAUGCCGGAAGCAUAAUAAGUUAUAUCCCGUUACCUCCGAUGAUAACGGAAUACCUCGAAAAUUCCUCUAUUUCAACAAACCGCCUAAAUAAACAUCAGCUGUUCAGAUAUGUCAAACAGGUGAUGUAACUAAAAAAAAAAAACAAGCAAUUUCUGUGUUUUUAUUUAUAUCACUUAAGUAAACUUAAACGCGUAUAUUUAAAAUUAAUUAUGUUAAUUUUACGCCACUGGCGACAAUUAAAUGGAGCAACUCCAUCAACGACUAGGAAUUGGUUAUGCCUACAAACAAAUCAUCAAUACACAAAAGCAAAACAAUGCAGACAACACCGACAAAUGGCCACCAGUGUCGGCGCCGCAGACGCUAAGGCUAGUUUAGAAAUUAAUGGACAAAUUUAUCCAACAGACGAUUGGACAAAUGUGACGCCAAAAAUAUUAUCCUGUUUGGGUGUGAACAAACAUUUGCAGCGAAAUCAUCCGCUGUCAAUUAUACGUCAACGUAUUAUUAAUUAUUUCUACGCCUGCUAUAGAAACUCACGCGGCAAUCCAUUAUUUUCGGUUUAUGACCAGUUAAGUCCUAUUGUGACAGUGGAACAAAACUUUGAUAACUUACUAUUUCCCGCUGAUCAUGUAAGUCGUGCCAAAUCAGAUUGCUAUUACAUUAAUCAAAAUCAAUUAUUGCGUGCCCACACCACCGCACAUCAAGCCGACUUAAUAGCUUGCGGUCUAGAUAAUUUUCUAGUAACAGGUGAAGUGUAUCGACGUGAUGAAAUCGACUGCACCCAUUAUCCUGUGUUCCACCAAUUAGAUGCAGUUCGAUUGGUUACGAAGGACACACUUUUUGGACGUAAUCUAGAUUUAGAAAUAUUUGAAAAUGAUUGGCAAUUCAAAGUUAAAAACGCUCCACAACCUGAACCAUCUUCAAAGUGUUUAGAUCAAACGAAACAAAUAUGCCAUACACUUGAAGCAGUUAAAUUGAUGGAACACGAAAUGAAAGAUGUGCUGGUUGGCCUAGCGCGCGAUUUGUUUGGUGCGCAAUUGGAAUAUCGUUGGGUGGACACAUAUUUUCCAUUUACACAGCCUUCCUGGGAGUUGGAAGUACUUUACAAUGGCAAAUGGCUUGAAGUGCUUGGAUGUGGUAUUAUGCGACACGAGAUACUACAACGUUCAGGCGCUCACAAUAAUAUAGGUUAUGCUUUCGGUUUGGGCUUAGAGCGUUUGGCAAUGGUGCUCUUCGAUAUACCCGAUAUAAGGCUGUUUUGGUCGAAUGAUAGUGGAUUUCUUACACAAUUUAAUGAGGAAAAUUUGCAUAAACUACCAAAAUAUAAACCCAUAUCCGUUUACCCGCAGUGCAGUAAUGAUCUUUCGUUCUGGUUGCCGUUGGGUAUCGAUGUGGAUGCUGGUUUUGCUUGUAAUGACUUUUACGAUCUUGUGCGUUCAGUGGCAGGUGAUGUGGUGGAACGAAUUAGCUUAGUAGAUCACUUUAAGAAUCGUAAAACAAACAAAUCCAGCUUAUGCUUCCGAAUAGUCUACAGGCAUAUGGAGCGCACCUUGACGCAAGCAGAGGUCAAUAAAAUACACAAAAGCAUAGCCGAUGCUUGUGCUGAAACCUUUAAAGCAGAAAUUCGAUGAAAUUGAAAUGGUUUUGUUAAUAAACUUUUAAUUAUUUUUUAAAGACAAACUUUUCGUUUGUUAUUAAUAGAUCGGAGCACCAGGCAGUUAAUUGCAAAUUAUAUUAAAUGUUAUUUUUUUGUAAUGUAAAUAGCAUAAAGCGUAUGAACAUAAGUAAUGAUUUUACGUUUUAUAUUAUUCAAUGUUAUAUCAGAGAAUGUAGAUUAUACGUUGCAUUUCAAUUUAUGAAUGGAUAAGGUGGCAUCGCUUAUUUUCAAUAAAAUAAAUUAGGUGCAAACGUCAUUUGCGUAGAACCGGCUGAGCUUUUGUUGUGGCACGUUAAAUAAAAGGAUUGUGAUAAUAAAUAAUUAAUAUUACGUUGAAGGCAGUUCAAAUAAAGGUUGGCUUGUAAUGAUUCGGUACUCUAUAUCAUUGGUCUUUUAAAGAGGUAAGCGCACGGUUGUGACAGUUGUUAGGGCGAAAAGGCAUCACAUUUUUGUCCAUGACAUAUCACCUGACUAUUUGACCGGCAUUUAGUUUUCUCUAAUCUUAUUUAUUAAUUAUCAAUUGUUUACAUAUUCAGCAGACACAACUAAUUUGGGCCGCAGUGCAACGAAACAGCCAUAACCUAAAUGAACAACAACGUAGUGCAACCACAAAGUAUUAACGUCAUCAAUAUUAACUUAUCGCAUCUUAAUCGUUGAUUCAUUAUUGCCUUGUUACCUCAUAAAAAAAAAUGACUGAGAAAAUAACGAAAUUAGCGCUAGCUAGUCGAGUGAUUAUAUUGGUAUUGCAGUUAAUUGCAAACCACCUGAUGCCUGAUCACAAAUCAGAUGUAUUUCGUUCACCGAUUGCACAACAAACUCAAACUCAACAUGUAGGAGUACUCGAAACCAACGAAUUUAUCACCCAUAAUGCCACCGAAAAUUCUUGGCUAGAUCGCACAGUACAAUUUUGUCUUGGCGGCCUGCGUCACUGGGAUGGUGAAUAUUUUCUACACAUAGCAGAAUAUUCCUAUUCUUACGAGAAUACGCUCGCCUUCUACCCACUGUUUCCGCUGGUGGUACGUGCAGGCGCAAAUGCUUUGUUUGCGCUCAAUAUGGGCGUUUCCUUGCGUAGCUGGUGUUUGGUCGUAGCCGUAUUGGUUAAUGUAUUUUGCUUCUGCAAAGCAGCUAAUGCACUAUAUGCGCUCACACAGCGCAUUUUUAAGGACCCAAAUAAAAGUUGGAAUGCAGCAUUACUGUUUUGUUUCAAUCCAGCAUCAAUAUUCUUCACUGCCGCAUAUUCGGAGGCGCUUUUCUGUUGGUUAUCGCUACACUUGAUGUUGGAAUGUGUUUCCGAAUUUCGAUUUGCGCGCACCACAAUAACACUGGCACUCUCUAUUGUGAGCCGUUCAAAUGGUCUACUCAAUGCAGGCUAUCCCAUAUAUUUUAUGCUGCGGCACACCAUACUCAAGUCAUAUCAACGCUGUUUUGCUGCUGUAAAAAUAACACUUUGUCUGAUUGGUGCACUAACGCCGCUCACAUUCUUCUACUUUUACGCAUUCAAACAGUAUUGUGUACCGCAUCAUACAGUAGCGCAUUCAGAGGCUGUGCUGAACUAUGCACGUGAGAAAAAUUACAUUUUAGCUGGUCAUCGUAUGCCGCAAAACUCACCAUGGUGUGAUAAUACUUUUCCAUUUCCAUAUUCAUACAUACAAUCACACUAUUGGAAUGUCGGUUUUCUACGUUACUACGAGCUCAAGCAGUUACCGAACUUUAUGUUGGCUCUGCCUGUGCUCGCGUUCCUGCUGUAUCAUUGCUUUACGUAUUUUAGACAUUUCAUGCGUAUCCUACUGCCGCAUUAUCCUAACAUGCAGCUAUUAAAAGAAUAUAAAUCGUUGCCAUUUGUACUGCACGCAUUGGUUCUCACACUAUUUUGUACUUUUUUCGUGCACAUACAAAUAUCAACACGGUUAUUGUGCUCAGCUACGCCAUGUCUUUAUUGGUUUGCUGCCGAUCAGCUGCCCAAGACAUUUGAUCUAAUCAAAUUGCGCUCAAAAGCUGGUUCUAUACUAGUAUGGUUUACAAGUUACUAUUUAAUUGGCACAGCGCUCUUCUGCAAUAAUCUACCUUGGACGUAAGGUAAUGAAAGAUUUGGACUUUUAUAAUAUUUAAAUGCAAAACUUCGUGGCGAAUAUGUGUGCGCGUGACAGUGAGAGCAUUAUUAAAUUUAUGCAAAGCUUAGCAUCACAACAUCCUCAUCGCAUCAUCGGCAUUAGCACUCCAAAUAGCUGAACGCUCAUUAACCAAAAAA